AAUAACAAUACGAGGAGAGUAGUGAUCUGUUUUGACUUUUGACUUGCUCUUCCUUGCUCAGCUCCGGCUGGCGGAUGAACUCACAUCACCGGAAAAAUGAGCGGAGGAGACGCCCGGAAAACUGCAAGAAACAGAAUCAAACCGUCUACCAGCACUGUAUCUGGAGAAGAUCAUCGCGAACUUCGUAACCGGAAGGUUUUACGGAAGGAGAGAGGCAAAGAUCAACUGCGCAUUUUGGAUGUUAAUUUCAAACUUCUUCUAGGGCUUACUGUUGUAUCGUCAUUGGUCGCGCUGUUUUUUAUCUUCCAUUCCGUUCAGUUCGCAGAUGGAGAUGAUCGAUUGCCAAGGGUUAUCACGCCGUUUCCAGCGCCAAAAAUCAUGGACCUUGAGAUGUUUCAAGGUGAGCAUAAGGAGAGCCUAUAUUGGGGGACAUAUCGUCCUCACUUAUAUUUCGGUGUCCGAGCCAGGACUCCAAAAUCAUUGGUUGCUGGGUUGAUGUGGCUUGGUGUAAAGGAUGGACGAUAUUUUAUGCGACAUUUCUGCCAAGAUGCAGAUGAUCUUCAAACAUAUGGUUGGAAUAAACAUAAUGGAAGGGACUUCGGACAUCAGAUUCUGAUUGACCACGGCAUGACAUUGACCACAAGUUUCUUGAAAUCCAAGGUUGAUGGAAGUGGCUAUGGAGGAGACUGGGCUUUUCGAGUUGGAGUGCAAUCUGAGAAGUUAAAUGAAGAAAUGCCGGGAUCUGCACAUCUUUUCUUUUAUGUGGCUGACGAGGGUGAAAAUGCUCUAAGUCUGGGCAGAAGUGUAACAGCGAUUCAUGAGAAGUCUAUGUUGGCUUUUGGAUCACGGCUAGAUGUCGGUGGUUGGGAGCUACACUUAAAAUCAUCGGAUGAUUUUGAAGUCCACCAUGUUGGUCUCAAGACGCCUCACAUUCACAAUCUCUCUGAUAUGGUCCAAGGAAUCCUUGCACUACAAGUAAGAAACUUUGGUCAUUUGGAGCUUCCAGACACAUCUGACAAUUCUCCUAACAUUUUAGUUUAUCAGAUCUCUGCUACAACUCCUUUUAGAGCGGACAUUGCUUUUGUAACUGGAACUGAUAUUGAUGAUGCUAAAGUUGAAGAACGUGUCAAUGGCCUCACAGGUACAUCACUCACUAAUCAACUUCAUAAGAAGGAAAAUGAAUUUGAUGAUAAAUUCAAGAAGAUCUUUAAUCAGUCAGACAAGCUUGAUUCAGAAUUUGCGGAAGUUGGUAAGGCUGCUAUCGGGAAUUUGUUAGGAGGAAUUGGGUACUUCUAUGGCCAAUCAAAAAUAUUGUUUCCCCAACCCUCUAAGCAGCAUCGAUCUGGUGGGGAUUCUAUAUUAUAUUGGCCAGCUGAGCUGUAUACUGCUGUUCCAAGUCGCCCCUUCUUUCCUAGAGGAUUCUUAUGGGAUGAGGGUUUUCAUCAACUAUUGAUCUGGCGAUGGGAUAUGCAUAUUUCCUUGGAUAUUAUUGGACACUGGUUAGAUCUUAUGAACAUUGAUGGCUGGAUUCCACGUGAACAAAUUUUAGGAGCUGAAGCUCUUAGCAAGGUGCCUGAAGAAUUUGUUGCUCAGCGUCCAAGCAAUGGAAAUCCGCCAACAUUAUUUUUAGUCCUACAAGAUGUGGUUUGUGGCGUGAUGAGAAACAAAUUUUCUGCCACAGAGAGCAAAGAGAUAUCUGUUUUCUUUGAAAGAUCUUUUGGUCGUCUAGAAGCUUGGUUUCAAUGGUUUAAUACCACACAAUCAGGCAAGCAUAGAAGCAGCUAUUACUGGCAUGGAAGGAAAGAGAGUCAGACCAUCUUCGAACUAAAUCCGAAGACAUUAUCUUCUGGUUUGGAUGACUAUCCACGAGCAUCACACCCGACUGAAGAAGAACGCCACUUGGAUCUUAGAUGUUGGAUGCUUCUUGCGGCAGAUUGCAUGCACUCCAUCUUAGAGCAGCUUGUGAAAAAGAAGGAAUCUGGGAAGGCAUAUGGAGAGACAGCUAAGCUGCUUGCUGACUUUGAUCUUCUUAAUAAGAUGCACUUCGACAAAGACUAUGGGGCUUAUCUUGAUUAUGGUAAUCACACGGAAAAGGUUCGUUUAAGACGACAACUGGUGGAGAAAGAUGGGAACGUCCCAAGUCUAGAACUUGUUCGAGAAGUUUUAGAGAAACCGUCAUUGGGGCUAGUUCCACAUAUUGGAUACGUCAGUCUUUUUCCCUUCAUCUGGAAGAUCAUUCCAUCUAAAUCAUGGAUCCUAGAAAAACAGCUUGACAUCAUUUCAAACACGAGCAUCCUGUGGACCAACUAUGGAUUGCGUUCGCUCUCUAAAACAAGUUCAAUGUACAUGAGACGUAACACGGAGCAUGACCCACCUUAUUGGAGAGGCCCAAUUUGGAUGAACAUGAAUUACUUGAUCCUUUCGUCACUGCAUUAUUAUUCAAAAGAGGAAGGACCAUAUAGAGAACGAGCUGGUACAAUUUACGAUGAGUUGAGGAGCAACUUGAUCCGAAAUGUGAUGAAGAACCAUAAGCAAACGGGUUACUUAUGGGAACAAUACGAUCAGAAGAAGGGUAACGGCAAAGGUGCACACCCUUUUACGGGUUGGACAUCGCUGGUGUUGUUAAUUAUGGCAGAAUCAUAUAGUGAAUGUUAGGUCUUUGUUACAAUUUUGACCAUUAUAGAACCAACUACUUGAUACCAAUGUUUAUGUAUCACAAAAAACUCCAUUGAUACCCAUCAUCAUACACGAUGAUUGACCUUAAGGAUUGCUUAGAGUAAAUUAUGAUUUUUUGUCC